CCUCCCCUCCCCCCGGCCGGAGCUCACUGUCUCCAAGAUGGCGGCCGUGUCAGUUUGGGGCAUCUCCGCGGUCCGGCCCGGGGCCCCGGGAUCCCGGCUCUCUUCCCCCCCGGCAUAAGAUGCACAUUUUUCUGCUGGGAAGGAGAUGUUCUUGAGUUCUUACAACUUUAUGAAGAGACCCAUGUGUGGUGCUAUUGAGAAGUUUAUUGCGAAAUUUAAAGACAUUUCAAAUAACAGGUUGUUUUGGUUUCUAAAGUAAAAGUGAGGAGGCACUCUGUGAAGGGGGAAAGGACUCAGGCCAGAAAACUUGUAUGCUAUGGUUAACUGGUUCCCAGCCUCCGAGAAUGUUGUUUUCCAUGGUGUAAAACUUACUCAGCAUCAGGAUAAGGGAUAACGACUCUAUGGAUAUACAGAAUCCUUCACCAUGGUAAAACUCGCUAACCCGCUGUAUACGGAGUGGAUUUUGGAGGCCAUCAAAAAAGUGAAGAAGCAAAAACAGCGUCCUUCAGAAGAAAGGAUAUGCAAUGCAGUGUCUUCAUCCCAUGGCUUGGAUCGUAAAACUGUUUUAGAACAAUUGGAGUUGAGUGUUAAAGAUGGAACAAUUUUAAAAGUCUCCAAUAAAGGACUCAAUUCCUAUAAAGAUCCUGAUAAUCCUGGGCGAAUAGCACUUCCUAAACCCCGAAACCAUGGAAAAUUGGAUAAUAAACAAAAUGUAGAUUGGAAUAAACUGAUCAAGCGGGCAGUUGAGGGCUUGGCAGAGUCCAGUGGCUCGACUUUGAAAAGCAUUGAACGUUUUUUGAAAGGUCAGAAGGAUGUGUCUGCAUUAUUUGGAGGCAGUGCUGCCUCUGGCUUUCACCAGCAGUUACGAUUGGCUAUUAAACGAGCCGUUGGCCACGGCAGACUCCUUAAAGAUGGACCUCUUUAUCGGCUCAACACUAAAGCAACCAGUGUGGAUGGGAAAGAGAGUUGUGAGUCUCUUUCCUCUUUACCUCCAGUGUCACUCCUUCCACAUGAAAAGGAUAAGCCCGUUGCUGAACCAAUCCCCAUCUGUAGUUUCUGUCUUGGUACAAAAGAACAAAACCGAGAAAAGAAGCCAGAGGAACUCAUCUCCUGUGCCGACUGUGGUAAUAGUGGUCAUCCAUCCUGUUUAAAGUUUUCCCCUGAACUAACGGUUAGAGUGAAGGCCUUACGGUGGCAGUGCAUUGAGUGUAAAACAUGCAGCUCCUGUCGAGAUCAAGGCAAAAAUGCAGAUAACAUGCUCUUUUGUGAUUCCUGUGACCGAGGUUUUCACAUGGAGUGUUGUGAUCCGCCACUCACCCGGAUGCCAAAAGGCAUGUGGAUAUGUCAGAUAUGUCGACCUAGGAAAAAAGGACGGAAACUUCUACAGAAGAAGGCAGCACAGAUAAAACGGCGCUAUGCUAACCCAAUUGGACGUCCAAAAAACAGGUUAAAGAAACAAAACACGGUAUCAAAAGGUCCCUUCAGCAAAGUUCGAACUGGUCCAGGAAGGGGCCGGAAACGUAAAAUCACCCUUUCCAGCCAAUCAGCAUCGUCAUCAGAAGAAGGAUAUUUAGAGCGAAUAGAUGGCUUGGACUUCUGCAGAGAUAGCAGUGUCCCCUUGAAAUUCAACAAGAAAACCAAAGGGCUCAUUGAUGGCCUUACCAAAUUCUUCACCCCUUCCCCUGAUGGGAGGAAACCUCGAGGGGAAGUGGUAGACUACUCUGAGCAAUAUAGAAUCAGGAAAAAGGGCAACAGAAAAUCGAGCACUUCAGAUUGGCCCACAGACAAUCAGGAUGGCUGGGAUGGCAAACAAGAAAGUGAGGAACGGCUUUUUGGGAGCCAGGAAAUCAUGACUGAGAAAGAUAUGGAAUUAUUUCGUGAUAUCCAAGAACAAGCACUGCAGAAAGUUGGAGUGACUGGUCCCCCUGAUCCACAAGUCCGCUGUCCCUCUGUCAUUGAGUUUGGGAAGUAUGAAAUUCACACCUGGUACUCCUCCCCAUAUCCUCAAGAAUACUCAAGGCUGCCUAAAUUGUAUCUUUGUGAAUUCUGUCUAAAAUAUAUGAAAAGUAGAACUAUUCUCCAGCAGCACAUGAAGAAAUGUGGUUGGUUCCAUCCUCCUGCCAAUGAGAUUUACAGAAAAAAUAAUAUUUCUGUCUUUGAGGUUGAUGGGAAUGUGAGUACCAUUUAUUGUCAGAACCUGUGUCUCUUGGCAAAGUUGUUUCUUGACCACAAAACACUCUAUUAUGACGUGGAGCCAUUUCUUUUUUAUGUACUAACACAGAAUGAUGUCAAGGGCUGCCACCUUGUUGGCUACUUUUCUAAAGAAAAGCACUGCCAACAGAAGUACAACGUUUCCUGUAUAAUGAUUCUUCCCCAAUACCAGCGUAAGGGCUAUGGCAGGUUUCUCAUCGAUUUCAGUUAUUUGUUAUCAAAGCGUGAAGGCCAAGCAGGGUCUCCAGAGAAACCAUUAUCCGAUCUAGGUCGUCUUUCCUACAUGGCUUACUGGAAAAGUGUAAUAUUGGAGUGCCUUUAUCACCAAAAUGACAAGCAAAUCAGCAUUAAGAAGUUAAGCAAGUUGACUGGAAUCUGCCCUCAAGACAUUACUUCCACACUCCACCACCUACGAAUGCUGGACUUCCGUAGUGAUCAAUUUGUGAUAAUCCGCCGGGAAAAACUUAUCCAGGAUCACAUGGCAAAGCUUCAGCUGAAUUUGCGACCUGUAGAUGUAGAUCCAGAAUGUUUGCGCUGGACUCCUGUCAUAGUCUCCAAUUCUGUUGUCUCAGAGGAGGAAGAAGAGGAAGCUGAGGAAGGCGAAAACGAAGAUCUGCAGUGCCAGGAAAGAGAAUUAGAGACGAGUGUGGGAAAGUCUGCAUCUCGGGAGAACAAAGAACAAGAUUCUUACUCCUCAGUAGAAAGUGAAAAGAAACCGGAAGUUAGGGCACCAGCCAGUUCUACGCGUCUGCACAAACAAGUCCUUUCCCGUGAUAGUCUUCCUGCAAAUAACCAGCCAUCCCGGAGAGGCCGCUGGGGGAGGAAGAACCGAAAAACCCAGGAACGUUUUGGUGAUAAAGAUUCUAAACUGCUCUUGGAAGAGACAUCAGCUCCUCAGGAACAAUAUGGAGAAUGUGAGGAAAAAUCAGAAACCUCCCAAGAACAAUAUACUGAAAGUGAGGAGCAGCUGGCAGCCUCUCAGGAGCAGCCAAGCCAGGAUGGGAAGCCAGACAUUCCCAAAAGAAGACUAAGUGAGGGGGUUGAGCUCUGGCGAGGACAGCUGAAGAAGAGCCCCGAGGCACUGAAGUGUAGAUUACCAGAAGGCACUGAUAGACUGCCCCGUCGCUAUAGUGAUGGUGACAGGGCUCUCCUCAGAGGCUUCAGUGAGAGUAGUGAGGAGGAAGAAGAGCCAGAAAGUCCUCGGUCCAGCUCCCCACCAGUUCUUACAAAGCCCACAUUGAAGAGAAAAAAACCGAUUCUUCACCGAAGGAGGAGAGUCCGAAAGCGCAAACACCACAAUAGCAGUGUGGUCACAGAAACUAUUUCUGAGACCACGGAGGUGUUAGAUGAACCUUUUGAAGACUCUGACUCUGAGAGGCCGAUGCCAAGAUUAGAACCCACGUUUGAGAUUGAGGAAGAGGAAGAGGAAGAGGAUGAAAGUGAACUAUUCUCUAGAGGGUACUUCCACCGCCUCUCCUCACAGGAUGUGCUCAGGUGUCGAUCCUCUUCCAAGAGGAAAUCUAAAGAUGAAGAGGAUGAUGAAGAGUCAGAUGAUGCUGAUGACACUCCUGUCCUAAAGCCAGUAUCUCUCUUGAGAAAAUGUGAUGUGAAGGAUUCUCAACUUGAGCCAGAUACAUCCACACCUAUGAAAAAGAAGAAGGGAUGGCCCAAAGGCAAAAGCCGCAAACCAAUCCACUGGAAGAAGAGGCCUGGUCGCAAACCAGGAUUUAAGUUGAAUCGGGAAAUCAUACCUGUUUCUACUCAAGAAUGCAUUGUUGAGCCCAUUGUCCCCAUUCCUAAAGUGGGCCGUAAAGCCAGACUUCAGGAGAACGAAGAAACUGUCGAACCAAAAGAAGACUCGCCUUUAACUGAAGAAAGGAAGGAAGAGGAGGAGACGCACGUGGAAGCAGAAGAGGUUGAAGAGGGAGAAGAAGAAGACACCACCGGCAGUGAAGUUAGAGCAGCAUCUCCAGUGGAUAGCAACAGUCCCGAGACAGAAACGAAAGAACCUGAGAUAGAAGAGGAGGAGGAGAAGCCCCGUGUCUUAGAAGAGCAGAGGCAGUCAGAAGAGGAGCAACAAGAACUAGAAGAACAGGAGCAAGAGGAAGAGGAGGAAGUGGCUACAGAGACAAACCAGAAUGAAGACCAUGAUGCAGAUGAUGAAGAUGAUGGUCAUCUGGAAUCUACCAAGAGAAAAGAGCUAGAGGAGCAGCUCGUUCGAGAAGAUGUCAAAGAGGAGCCCGGUGGUCAGGAGUCUUUUUUAGAUACUAAUAUGCAGGGCAGUAGGGAGACUAUAAAGGAUAAAGAUGAAACGGAACCAGAUUCUGAAGAGGAACAGACUUCCCAUGAAACGUCCAUGGUAUCAGAGCAUAUGCCAGGGUCUGAGGAUGAUCAUGAAGAAGAUUCAAACUCUAAGGAAGAAUUAAUUGAGCUGAAAGAGGAAGAAGAGAUUCCUCAUAGCGAACUGGAUCUGGAAACCGUGCAAGCAGUGCAGUCUUUGACUCAAGAGGAAAGUAACGAGCACGAGGGAGCCUACCAGGACUGUGAAGAAACUCUGGCAGCGUGUCAGACCCUGCAGAGUUACACCCAGGCUGAUGAAGACCCUCAGAUGUCAAUGGUUGAAGACUGCCAUGCCUCGGAACAUAAUAGUCCAAUAUCUUCUGUUCAGUCUCAUCCCAGCCAGUCGGUCCGUUCAGUCAGUAGUCCCACCGUGCCUGCCCUCGAAAGUGGUUACACCCAGAUCAGCCCGGAGCAAGGAUCCCUGUCCGCACCCUCUAUGCAGAACAUGGAGACCAGCCCCAUGAUGGAUGUGCCUUCCGUAUCAGACCACUCUCAGCAGGUGGUGGACAGUGGCUUCAGUGACCUGGGCAGCAUUGAGAGCACCACAGAGAACUACGAGAACCCCAGCAGUUACGAUUCUACAAUGGGCGGCAGCAUCUGUGGGAAUAGCUCUUCACAGAGCAGCUGCUCCUACGGCGGCCUGUCAUCCUCCAGCAGCCUCACCCAGAACAGCUGUGUUGUCACUCAGCAAAUGGCCAGCAUGGGCAACAGCUGCAGCAUGAUGCCGCAGAACGGCGUGCAGCCCGCCGCCGCGGCCAACUGCAGCAUCAAGUCACCUCAGAGUUGUGUGGUGGAGAGGCCUCCGAGUAACCAGCAACAGCAGCAGCCACAGCAGCCGCCGCCGCCGCCGCCGCCGCAGCAGCCGCCACCGCCGCCCCCGCAGCCGCCGCCGCCGCAGCCACAGCCGCCGCCGCCGCCGCCGCAAGCGGCCCCGCAGCCGCCGCCGCCGCCGCCCCAGCAGCCGCAGCCGCCGCCGCAGCAGCAGCCGCCGCCGCCCGCGCCGCCACCCCCACAGCCGCAGCAGCCCCCGCCCCCGCCCCCACCGCCGCCGCCGCCGCAGCAGCAGCCCCCGCUGUCGCAGUGCAGCAUGAACAACAGUUUCACUCCAGCGCCCAUGAUCAUGGAGAUCCCGGAAUCGGGCGGCACUGGGAACAUAAGUAUUUAUGAGAGGAUUCCAGGGGACUUCGGUGCCGGCAGCUACUCGCAGCCGUCGGCCACCUUCAGCUUAGCCAAGUUGCAGCAGCUGACUAACACCAUUAUGGACCCUCAUGCCAUGCCUUAUAGCCAUUCUCCUGCUGUGACUUCCUAUGCAACCAGUGUUUCUUUGUCUAACACAGGACUGGCUCAGCUAGCUCCAUCUCAUCCAUUAGCUGGGACCCCUCAAGCACAAGCCACCAUGACGCCGCCCCCGAACCUGGCAUCCACCACCAUGAACCUCACGUCGCCUCUGCUGCAGUGCAACAUGUCUGCCGCCAACAUUGGCAUUCCUCACACGCAGAGGUUGCAAGGGCAGAUGCCAGUCAAGGGGCACAUUUCCAUCCGCUCCAAGUCGGCGCCGCUGCCCUCUGCGGCUGCUCACCAGCAGCAGCUGUACGGCCGCAGCCCACCAGCGGUUGCCAUGCAGGCCGGCCCUCGCGCAUUGGCUGUUCAGCGUGGCAUGAACAUGGGGGUCAACUUGAUGCCGACCCCUGCCUAUAAUGUCAAUUCCAUGAAUAUGAACACCUUGAAUGCCAUGAACAGCUAUCGAAUGACACAGCCCAUGAUGAACAGCAGUUACCAUAGUAACCCUGCCUACAUGAACCAGACAGCACAGUAUCCUAUGCAGAUGCAGAUGGGGAUGAUGGGGAGCCAGGCCUAUACCCAGCAGCCUAUGCAGCCAAACCCUCAUGGAAACAUGAUGUACACUGGCCCCUCCCAUCACAGCUACAUGAAUGCUGCUGGCGUGCCCAAGCAGUCACUCAAUGGACCUUACAUGAGAAGAUGAGCAAGAUGAACUUGCAAUUAAAAACUUAAAUAUAUAUAAAUAAAGGAACCUUUUAUACUGACAAACCAGAGAAAAAUGGACCUUUUUCCAGUUAAAAUAUUGCUGUAGAUUUAGAGGAAUUUUUCUUUGGUUUUAUUUUAUUUUUUAGAAAACCUGGUCUUCUCUUUUUUUGGGUUCAUUUUGUUCUGGGUUUUGGUUUUCUUCACGAUCUUGAACAUUUUACAAUAGAACUCAUCUAAAAAUGGAUUUGGGGAUAGGGGAAACAUGCACAAAAAUCUUUUCAUAAUUAAAAAGAGCCUUACUUUCUUUACACACCACAUGGACAGAAUUUGUGUAAAAGUGAAUUAUCUUUAUUUUAAGAUGUGUGUUUCCCCUCACUGUUUGCAGCUCCCAGUGUUGUCAUUUUUUAAAUGUUAUAUAUACAUCUCGGGGGUUAACCAGACCCUUUCCUCCAAACCCAACCUUUCAUUUCCUACUUCAUUCCAGCAGGAGGCACUUACAGGAGACUCGGACGGGGACAUGGAGAACAACCCAAGCUCCUUAAACUUAUUAUUAUUGUUAAUAUUAUUAUUAUUAUUAUUAAUAAAGUGAGGCAGGAAAAUGCUUCUCCUUUUAAAAUCCCCUCCACUCCCUACACACACACACACACACACACACACACACACACACACACACACACACACACACACACACACACACACACACCCCUUUUGAAACCUUUCCCCAAGAAUGUUUCUUUAAGAUGGACUUCAUUGAAAUGUUUAUUUUUCUUUAAAUCAAGUGUAAUAUAAUUUUUUCUUUUUUUCUUGUUUGUUUUUGUUUUUGUUUUUUGUUUACUAUUCCCACUCAGCACUCAGAGACACAAAAAUACUGUAAGUCUCAAUUAACAGCAGAAUCUCAGAGGAAAGCUGUUUGCAAUCCUAAUCCAGCUUUGGAGGAAUAGAGAUGGUCAAUUAACAAUCAGAAAAGAGGAAUUUUGCCUCUUGUUUUUUUACCACCUGGUGAAUCAGCCAUAAUGCACAUACUCCACACAGCCUCUUGUUUUUAGUAUGUACUUUGAGAUGCUAAGGGUCUUGAUUCUCGAGCCUUCGACUCUGACUAAACUCAAACAGCAGUCCCCAGUGAUUAGCCUCUUACAUUCUUACAUAAAGUGUUGAUGGAUGACUGUACAUUUCAGUGAUUUGAAAAAUACCUGACAAACAUUUGACACUGUUUAUUUUAUGUUGGAAGAGAUGACGUAAGGGAGAUCAUGGUCUGAGUUUUAUAGCUACUUAAAUGAUACAUACCUCUAGUUUUCAUUUGUCUUGAGAUCCUGAGUUCAUUCCCUGUGAAUCAGAGUGCACCAGCCCCUCUCCUGUGAGUGGUUAAAAGAGAAGAGGGAUAAACCAACCACCAGCAUAGUAGGGCAAAUCUGGACAGCAGGGUUUUAAGCAGGUUCCUAUGUUGCUCCCAACUCCCAUUGUCUUUUCUCUCGUGCAGCCAGUUCGCCCAUUCUCUUCCUAUUACUUGCUCCAGGGAUAGGUAAAAAAAAAAGAAUAUAUAUAUAUCUAUAUAUAUCUAUAUAUAUGUUCCAUCAUUAGAAGAUGGAAACUAUUAUACCACUUGGUAUGUGCAGUCAAAUAUCCAAAAGGGGGAAGUACUGCUUAAAGAAAUACCUGUAAGCAUUAAAUUCUCUCCUUUAUUUGUACAUUUUAUAUAGAUAAAUUUUUGAAGUACUAAUUAGGCAUUAAAUUUUUUCAAAUGCACAGGUUUGUUGUUUUUUUAAUACACUUUAAUUGACUUUCUCAAUUAAAUGUGUUAGGUAGAAAACGGCAGAAUUCCACAUCUUAACCGCUAUCAAUUCUGAGCAUGUGCAAGGCUGUGUAGGACCCAGUUUCUCUGUAUAUACUCUUCCAGUUCCCAAUCAUCUAUGUAGAAAGUGCACUGUGCUGCCCUCUCCCUACAUCUUCAGCUAUGUCAUUGCUUCCUGGUUGGGGUGGGGAUGGGGUGGGUCGGGAGGGAGGUAUCUUGGGUGGAGGGUGGGUCAAGGCAGAAGGAGAAGCUGUUGAAAUGAGGGCCGUGAAUUCAGUUUCUGUUGGUUUGCGGUUGUGUUUGGUUUCAUUUGUUUCUUUAAAAAAAAAAAAAAUUCAAUCGGGCAGCUCCCUUUUCCACAAGCCUUUUUGUGACUGUAGAACUAUUGUAGAGAAAAUGUUCUUUUCUAUAUUAUAAAAGAAAUUAUCCAACACAGUAAUAUUGGUACCUGUCAUUUUUUCACUUCUGUUUAAAAAAAAAUGUAUUUUUAGCAAGAUAACUUGGGUAAUCUUCUAAAAAAGAAAUUUAAAAACUCACUGUUAGUGACUUUGAUGCCUUUUAAAAUAAGAGCUUUUUCAUUUCAUUCCAUCUUUAAAAUUUUUUAUCUUUGUUGUAGAAUAUUAAAAACUAUUUUAAGAAAGAUAAAAAUUCUCUUUAAAGAGAUCUCUAGAGUGUGUGAAUAGAGCUCCAGAUGCCUCUAAAAGCCGCAUGUACAAAUGAAGCUAAGUCUAUUCCUGUCUGUUUAUAUUUGCUUUUCCUGUUUUGUAACCUCUUUGUACUUUGUUCAUGGUGACUUGUAAGCUACGGGGAAGGGGUGCCUAGAUGCCUUUGUAUUUCUCCAUGUCAUGCGCUCCUGGGCCAGUUGGUCUCCCUUCCUCUCCUUGUAUGUAAUAUCACUUUUUUUUCCCCUUUCUAGCAAGUACUUUCAAAAGAACUCUGUACAUUUUAACAUAAAAAAAUAAAUUAUGUUGAGCCAUUUUGGA